AUGAACGUGAAAGUCCUUAUUGGCAUGGAAACAUGGGAAGAAACAACUUUAGUUGCUGACAUUGCAAGCAAAACUCAAAUGCCUAUUAUUUCAUUUGCAUCAGCCGCCAUUAUACAACCACUCAUUCCUCAGCGAUGGCCUUUCUUGGUACAAAUGGCUAGCAACGUCAUUGAACAAAUUAGGUGCAUCACAGAUGUGGUUCGCUCAUUCAAUUGGCGAAGAGCCAUAGUAAUCUAUGAGGUCGACUACUAUGGUAGCGAUUAUGGAAUGUUUGCUGCAUUAUCUGAUUCACUGCAAGAUGUUGGCGUGACAAUUGAAUAUCGUUUGGUCCUUCCAUCAUUCUCCUCUCUAGAUGACCCAAAAGCCUUUGUUACUGAAGCAGUUGCAGACCUAUUGAGUAAGCAAUCCAGGGUUUUUAUUGUUCUCCAAUUAUCAUCGUCAAUGAUAGUUCAUUUGUUUAGAGAAGCAAAACAAAUGAGGCUUAUUGGGAGAGAUUCAGCAUGGAUAAUUACCGACCGAUUCGCAAGCCUCCUGGAUUCUGCUAAUACUUCUGUUAUCUCUUCCAUGGAAGGUGCUCUAGGAAUCAAGACAUAUUAUGCUGAAGGCAGUAGGUCAUUUCUAGAUAUUAAGCAACAUUUUCGGCGAGUUUUUCAAUUGGAUUACCCUGAGGAAGAUAACUCGGAGAUGGGUAUUUAUGCCCUUAGAGCCUAUGAUAGCAUUACUGCCAUUACAAAUGCCAUAAAGAGAAUAGGUAAUAGCAGUGAUUGUCCAAGUACGUUACUCAAAAGCAUUCUAUCAAGCAACUUCACUGGUUUAAGUGGUGACAUUCGUUUCCAUGCUGGAGAGCUAGCAGGGUCCUCUUUAUUUAGAAUUGUAAACAUUGUUGGAAAGAGAUACAAAGAGCUUGGCUUCUGGGGACCUAAGCGAGUUCCAAAAGGAUUGGCAAUGCCUACUAAUGCAAAGCCUAUGAAGAUUGGAGUUCCAGCCACAUCAUAUUAUCAGAAAUUCGUGAAGGUGGAUUGGGAUGCAG